UCUAACAAGUGGGUUCGGUUUCGGGUAUGGGUCAAAUCGUGUCCUUGGUGUGUAAUCUGUGGUUCCUGAUCUCUUAGUCACUCAAUUUCGCUUCAGAAUUUGCAGAUAAAAAUGGUGAUUAAGUACUUCGUGUCGGCGGCUUGCCUCCAUUUUCCCCAUCACCAUCCGGCCGUUCAUCUCGUGCCUCAUAAAUAUCUUCCAUCUUCAACAGCUCUUCCGUCGUCGGGUCUAACGUCAGCAGCCACAGCAACAAGGAGGGCACUGUCUCUGUCACUCCUAACUUCAUCUCUCUCUACACUAACCUUCUUUUUCUCCGCAUCUCCUUCAAAAUCCUCCUCAACCGACUUCUUCGAGCUUCAAGAUUCUGGUGGUGUUAAAGUCUUAGACCUCCGCAUCGGCACAGGUCCACGUCCCAUCGACGGUGACCAGGUUGCAAUUCAUUACUAUGGGAGGUUGGCAGCAAAACAAGGAUGGAGAUUUGAUUCAACGUACGAUCACAAAGAUAGUACUGGGGAACCAAUUCCUUUUGUCUUCAUCCUCGGGUCUGAGAAAAUUAUUUCAGGGAUUCAAGCUGCUGUAAGAUCAAUGAAAGUAGGAGGUGUUCGUCGAGUCAUCAUUCCACCAUCACAAGGAUAUCAGAGCACAUUGCAAGAACCCAUACCACCAAACUUCUUUGACAGGCAGAGGCUAUUUACCACCAUUUUUAACCCAACCCGUCUUGCAAACGGAGAAGGCUCAACAUUGGGCAUCCUGAUCUUUGACAUCGAAUUGGUUGGUCUGAGGCACUAGUUAAUAAAAUGCUGAAGAUCAGCUCGUUCUACCUCAUAUUUUGAUUCAGUUUAUGAAAGUUGGGUGGUUGUCCAAGUCCCGAAUUCUUGAUACGAAAAUACUAAGGAUAUGAUUGUCUUAUAUCCGGUUAUCCUAAAUAUUGAGAUAGACUUAUGAUCUAUGUAUGUGUCCCACAUAAUUUAUAUGACAUGGUAUGCGUCCAUCUCAA